UUGUUUUUUUGUCCAGGAUAGUGUAGUAAUAUUAUUACACCGACGCCAUUGAACCGCUAGAACUCACUCUGGUCAGAAGGGCGAGUGCUUGUAAAUGAGAGGUGAUAGAACACGAUGGUACCACCAGUCAAACUGUCCGCGGGCACUCAGCUUCCUGGGCCCCGUUCCACGAAGCCAUCUUAGCCCUAAGAUUAACUUAAGUACAUAGGGUAGCUAUGCGCUUACGGUAAUCUUAGGGUUAAGAUCGUUUCGUGGAACGGGCCCUGAACACCACUGGUUCGUGAAUAGUUAAUUUUCAUUUAAACUUAGCUUCGUCCUUAUGUCCUUUUAAGCACGCUGUCCUGGGCACAUACCUCAGCUAUCCGUGCAUAGGGUACCUUAUGCGCUUACGGUAAUCUUAGGGCUAAGAUCGUUUCGUGGGACGGGGUCCUGGACAGUGGGUUAGUGUGUGGGUUUUUGUUUUGUUUUUUGUUAGUGGUUAAUGGGAGAUAAGUCGGUAUAUUAGUCUUACACCUACCCACCGAGUCGUUGAACCCACUCUGGGUGGGAGCCGGUAAAGAGAUGCCAACCCAGUACCUACACCACAGACCGGUUUGUAAAAUAGUUGUCGUCACAAGCUGAUGCAAUUUCAGGUCAACAAUUAUUCUGACCAAUCACGCGGAAGAGUACUCCAGUUCACACAAAAUGAUUGGUUGAAAGAUAUAAAAACCGGCUGUGACAGCUCGGAUAAACAAACACCAGUAUACACAUACUGUUUUAGGUCCAGUACUUACACGUGUGUGAGUUAUAAACGAUAAAAGUCUCACACAGUGGUACCGCGCUCAGGUCAACCGAUUACCAUGAACUGCGACAAACUGGUGGACGAACUCUUGAAGAAGAACCCUACCAUAUGGGUGUUCGGCUACGGGUCGCUGUUGUGGAAACCCAACUUCGAGCACAAGUCGAGAAGGGUGGGUCACAUCCGAGGGUUUGUUCGAAGAUUUUGGCAGGGAAACACAACUUACAGAGGAACACCGAAUGAGCCUGGACGCGUGGCAAACCUUGUGGAGUCAGAAGGGGGCAUUGUGUGGGGAGUCGCCUUUCAAGUAACUGGGAAGGAACAAGUAACUAAAGCUCUAGACCACCUCACUAACCGGGAAUGCACGAAUGGCGGCUACACGAGCCUCGUGACGACCUUCUACCCCCGGGACAAGAACAAUUGUGUUCCCGUCCUGGUGUUCACGGCCACUGAAGACAACCCGUGUUACCUUGGAGACGCCGAUCUGCCUCAGAUGUCCAAGCAGAUCGUCACCGCCAAAGGGCACGCCGGCAGCAACGUGGAGUACGUCACGAAAAUUGCCGAUUACGUCCGAAACCACAUUCCGGAAGACAACGACGAGCAUCUGUUUGACCUUGACACCAAAGUUCGUGACGACUUGAAAACGAAACGAUUAUGUUCUCAUUUAUUAAUGCUUCAUACUAGUCGGCAUUGAUUUAGAAAAAAACCCACACAAAAACCCCACACACAAAAACCACACGUUUUAGUCAUUAAAUGAUCUUAUGUGUAAUGGAUAUGGGCUUCCAAACUAAUUUUGAAGAAUGCAAUGAGAUAUGCUAGUCUAAACUUGUGGUUCGAAAACCAGACAAAAAUGUUGGUUGUGAAUCUAGACUCAACAAAUUCCGCUUUGCUUAUCUGUAUAAUAUUAUACGGUCCAAUGUUAGAACAAUUUACUUCCUGGUCAUAUGUGCUAUGUAUGGAGUGACUAUAUAGGGUGAUGAGGAAUAUAUGUGUGUAUAUAUAUAUAUA